UCAGUUUACCCUGGGUUUUAUUUUGAAACACAUGUGAACCGGAAGUGUUUGCCUUCAUGUAUGGUACCUCUGUAGUGAACGUUGUACUGCCGACACGUGUGUAGCUGUCAAAGAAGCGUUUAUCCGUCAACAACUACUCACGACAUUGAAUUGCGCAGUUAAAUGUUUCCAGUGCAAUAAUGGCUGAUGCGUUUAGCAGCAGCUCGGAAACGGUAAUUCAGCGUGUGAUAGACGUAACAGUGAAGGCAAAUACCCCUCUGGAAAAACUAGAAGAGUUGUAUCAGAUUAAAAAGACUUGCGACUUCAUCAGGGAGCGUCAAUUUGAAAAGGUUGCUCUGCAGUUUCCUGAUGAGCUGCUGGGGGAUUCAGUUGCAGUAUCGGCAGAGAUUGAGAGAAACAGUAAUGUCAAGUCGUUCAUUUUGGGAGAUACAUCCUAUGGCAGGCCAUUACAAAAGAGGAUUUGCUGUGUGGAUGAGGUAGCUGCAGAACAUGUUGGAGCCGACUGCAUUGUGCACUAUGGCAGUGCUUGCCUCAGCCCGUCUAAAAGGCUGCCCUUGAUGUAUGUCUUUGAGAGAAGACCGGUUGAUCUUGAGAAGUGCACUUCUGCCUUCAGAGAACUCUAUCCUGACCCGCAGAGUCACAUCAUCAUCCUCUAUGAUGUCAACUAUGUUCACGCUAUAAGUGAUCUUCAGACACUCCUUUCGCCAGAGUAUCCAAACCUUGUCAUCUCAGAACUUGUUGUCGAAGGGGAGCAGUGUUAUAGUCACGGCCGAAUUAAAAGACAACAUGACACCUGUCUGCCAGAGCGAGUCAGCGGCCAGGUUAUCUGUCAGUUUGGAAGGCAGUUCUCCUUGAAAAGUGGUUUAAGCAUCAACGAUUACAGCAUGUUUUAUGUAGGCCAAGAGGGAGCAACCCUGAGAAACUUCAUGAUGACUUGGAAUCGCUGCUCGUUUAGUUCCUUUGACCCCAUAACAAUGAUGGGGAGGACUGAGUCAAUAAGUAUCAACCGUGCACUGAUGAAGCGAUAUUACGCUAUAGAAAGGGCCAAAGACGCCAAUGUGGUUGGCAUCCUGGUUGGAACACUCGGGGUGGCAGACUACCUCACCGUCAUCCAGCAGUUGAAGGAGACCAUCAGCAGAGCCGGCAAGAAGAGCUAUAUGUUUGCCAUGGGGAAACUGAACGUGCCCAAACUAGCAAACUUUAUGGAAAUUGACAUUUUUGUGCUAAUUGCAUGCCCUGAGAACUCGCUGCUGGACUCAAGUGAGUUCUAUAAACCUGUAGUAACACCAUUUGAGAUGGAGGUGGCCUGCAACAAGAAGAGGGAGUGGUCAGAGGAAUAUGUCACAGACUUUCGACAACUCCUGCCAGGUGGACAGAGUCAUGUGCCUUUGGCUGAUCAGCAGGAGGAGGGCAGUGAGACUGACGUGUCUUUAAUCACAGGAGCUCUGCGACGGCAGAAUCUGUUAAUCAGUGAGCCUGCAGAGUCCUCGUGUGGCUCUUCUGUGGUCCUCAGGAACCAGACGCUGACUGUAGCCAACACCAACUCAGCUGCAUCUUUCCUGGCAGUACGGAGCUGGCGUGGCUUAGAGCAGAAGUUGGGAGAGACACCUGUGGUGAAGGCAGUAAAGGGCGUGCGAGGCCUACCUAUUGCUUAUGAAGAGGAAGGAACAUCUUCGUGAUAAUUUACCAGCAAAUCUGCAAGGUCUCCAACACUGUAUUUAAUCAUGGCUGCCUGCAGUUACAGAUAUUACAUUUAUAUUGCUUCUAAUAACUGGAAGCUGUAAACAAUAAUUAAAUGUUUUCAUAUACAACCAGA